UGCUUCCGCCCUUUUCCUGACAACCAAAGGUAUUGAAGGUAUGUCUGCUGCUGGGCAGACGGAAACUUGAAGCUAGGGCUCAUCCACGAGACGAGUUAAGCGUGCUCGCUACUCGUCGUUUCCCCUCUGAGCGAACACCUCCAAUAAGCAUCCAUUCACAGAGUCUGGUGGCCAUAUUAGUCUCAAAACUUUCGGUUCCUCAAUGGUCUACCCCUGAGCGCCUACUUGCUAGUGGGAGAUAUAGACGUUUAGGUCUCCAAGUCGAAUUCUCAUCACAGGACAGACGGAACCUGUCGGUCAAACCCCGCCGUAUAUCAUGGCUUCCUCCCAGCUACUCCGGCGGGCCAUCUUCUAUGUCCCGGCCUCGUCGCCCCGCAUGAUCCAAAAGUCCCUCAGCUACGAGAGCGACAAUGUGACGUACGACCUCGAGGACUCGGUCGUCGACGGCAGGAAGUCGGAAGCCAGACAGGCCCUGGCCCAACACCUCGGCUCCCUCCGCCGCCAUCAGGGGGGCCAGCCGAGGGAGAUAGCGGUGCGGACGAACCCGAGGGCGACCACGCACGGGAUGCGUGACAUACUCGAGAUGACCAAGCUCCCCGCCGUCGACGCCAUCCUGCUGCCCAAGGUCGACGGGCCCGAGACGGUGCGGGCCGCGGCGGAGAUGAUCGCCAGCUGCGACGUGGAGCGCCGGAUCGCCUGGGAGGAGGCCCGGUACCAGGCGCAGCGGCAGCGGCAGGAGCCCAAAGUCCUGGGCGGCGGGCCGGGCUACCGCCCCGUGACGCUGAUGGCGCUCAUCGAGUCGGCGCGCGCCGUCGAAAAUCUCGGCGACAUCUGCCGCGCCGGCGUCGUCGACGACGACGACGACGGCCGGCCGGGCGCGCUGUCGGGCAUCGUGUUUGGCGCCGAGGACUUUGCGCGCGACCUGGGCGCCGAGCGCACGCCGUCGCUCGGCGAGUUCGUGUACGCGCGCUCGCGCAUGGUGACGGCCGCGCGCGCCCACGGCGUCCCCAGCGUCGUCGACCUGGUCUGCACCCAGCUGGACCGGGCCCCGCCCCCACCGCCCGACACGGCCACGGCCACGGCCACAACAAGGACGAGGCUGGAGGAGGAGUGCGAGAACGGCCGGAGCAUGGGCUUCAACGGGAAGCAGGUCAUCCACCCGUCGCAGCUGGCGACGGUGCACCGCGUCUUCGGCGUGCCCGCGGCCGCGGCUGCCUGGGCCGUCCGCGUCGUGGCGGCCAGCGCCGUGGCCGAGCGGGAGGGCCUGGGCGCCUGGGUGCUGGACGGGGAGGUCGUGGACGCGCCCGUCGUCCGGAGGGCGCGGGCGCUCGUCGAGAGGGCCAGGCGGGUCGGGUACGACGUCGACGCCAUGCUUGAGGCUAACGAGGACGUGCGGCCCGACGCAAAGUGAUGGGACGGAUGAGGACCGCCUGCGUAGAAGCUUGUUGUUGCCACAAAGCGGUUCCCUGCCAGGGCUUCCCCUGCUCGUCCCAUGUUCCAUGUUUGAAGUUUCGCAGACUCGCAGCCUAUACCAACGUCGUCUGUCGCUUGGUGGCCAUGAGCAAGCGAACGAGUCAAAUCACAGGCAAUAACAUCGAAACAGAGACUGCGAACAUAUCAACACAAGCAACACAAGAACAAGAACACAAUGUAUUCCCUUGAGUCCCGGCGAGGAAACGAACGGUUGAAGCGCUAUGAGCCACAAAACAACCCCACAAACAGUCAGGGCCAGAACCAGGCUUCAUUAAAUACAAUACAAACUCCUUUCUCCAUAUACAGCCCAAGAAGAAGGAGAAGAAAAUGAACAAGAAAGGAUGAAGGCUUUGACCUUGGCUGAGCGGGGAAAAGACGCAACUAUUUUGUUGUCACUCCGCGCGCCUG